UGAGUGUGAGAGCACUCAAUCCGUCCUUGUUUUCCUAUUCUACAAACAGGUUUUUUUCAACCAAGAAAACCGUCCUCGCAGGGGGACCAACAUAAUUAAGGAGGGAGUUUUUUCAAAUUUCGGUUCUUUUUUCCAAUGGUUUUUAUUUCCUCGCUCUCUAUGAGCGCAUGGCGCAACGAGGAACAAUUACUUACCAUGAUGAUUAAUUAGUUGUGCUGAGCAAUUGUAAUCGUAUUUGUAUGUUGCUGUCUUGAAGGAACUAGAGCCAAGAUUUCUUGUGGUCGUGAUCGUAAACAUCUUCUGGAAUCUGCAAAAUCUUCUAAAAGUACUAUUCCUCAGUCCUCACUUCUGCCUUCAACAUCCUACCAAGAACCUUCCACACUAAUACUCCGUCGACGUUUAGAAUCAGAAGCGACGAUAUCUCUUUAAGCUUUCAUCGGAAUCCGGUAGGUAAAAACAGCAACAAGCAGCUUCAUGUAUAUAGUUGAUUCUACCUUCUUCAACAUCUAGUAGAAAAAUACACCAAAACCUUGUCCAACUAGUACCUCCUUCUUUCAUCUUCACAUUUUUCGUCACAUCAACAAAAAUGGAUCGCAAAAGUCGGGUUCUGGAUUCCUUGCUGGACAGCAAGGAGGAAGUGAUCCUGGUCGGUCUCCUCAAAUGCGCUGCGGAGGGCGAACAGGAUAUCGAGGAGCUACGCCAACAUCUUUGUUCGGAUCCGACCUUCGACCCUUACGUGUUAUUUCGUUCCUUGAGCUGCGGAGCAACGGUUCUGUCUCCCUUCGACCUGAGCAAAUGGUUAAACCGGCAGUUUUACAAGAACACGUUGCUGGACGAAAAGAACGUCCAGAAUGUGCUGAAGCGGUAUGCGCCGAAGGGAGCUGCUGGGAGAAAAGCAGCUGCUCCAUUCAGCGGAGGAGAGAGUUCUGCUGUGGUGAAGUAUGAAGGAUUCCUGAAGAUGAUUUUACCACGUGAAGAGCGUGGAAUCCGGAACUUGGUUAUGUGCCGUCGUCCAGCGAUCAAAGAGGGGAGUAAUGGUACCAUAACUUAACAAAAAAUGAGAAAAUCAAUAGUGAAGACAUUUUUGAUUUAGCACGAAUGCACUGCGUCACUCACUGUGACGAGGAUGUGUGUCGUGAUCUUUAGUUCUUGUCUACUGAUCAACAUUUUAGAUUAAAUAAUUUAUUUAAAACCUUCGAUUAUAUAUAAUGAUCAUCAUUAUGAUCAGUUGUAGAUGUUGAUGACUCUGGCACUAGCCCGUCACACUUCCAACUUACAACGUGCAACAACCUGCAACUUACUGACCACCAAUAAAAACAACUUAAUCCCUCAACAGAGUACCUCCACAUGGGUACGUGCGAUAUGUCCCGUGACGCUGGGUUCAAUUUCGUGCGUUUGCUGGAACUAGAAGCCAAUCUCUACGAGGAGUUGGUAAUCCGCAAGAAGCGCAUGGUCGAAUAUCAAUGGCGUGAGAAUCGUAAACAACUGGCACAACGCAGCUUUACCUGGUUGCAGAGUCAAAGUGCGGUACCGGGAGUCUGCCACGUCAGUGUUUUAGGUACUACUUAGUUUGUGAUUUAUUUUGUGGGUCAACAUGUCAGUGUUGUUUUGGGUACUUGGUUUGUGAUUUUUGGGCGUCAGCUUGUCAGUGUAGUUUUGAAACGACUUUAUUCCUCACAAUAAUCAGGCGUCUGCCGUCUUCUCUCCGACGAUAAGCAGAUCAUGGCGCCAAUCGAAGUGGAACGGGUUUUUCACAGGAUCAAUCUUGGAGCUGAGAACGACAUGCUCUCCUACUCUGAUUGGGAUGCCUUUUUGUACUCUGCCGAAGCGGACAUCUACGUGAGCGAAUUGUACGUGAAGUAUUUCUGCACAUUUUGUCCCGGUUGUGGUGCGAUGUGCCAAAGAGACGGUGGUGCGUGCAACAACAUCACGUGUGCCUUUUGCCGAACUACCUUUCGAUGCGACACGAAGAGCCAGGAUGCACCGGCUGCUCCGGGAAAAGGUGAAAUUAUGCUAGUGUCUCAAUCUCAAAGUCCACGAGCAGCAAACAGAGCUAGCCGAGGCUAUAAUGGAACAGCUUCGCGUGCAGCACAGAUGCAAAUGAACGCCAGUGUGGCUACUAACGUCAUGAUGAGCAGUAGUGCUAGAAGAAGUAAGAGUAAUACUACAUCAGCAGUAGAGAAUUUGGACAUGACAAACGCGUCCUUAGCGUUUGGCUCUCGCCGUAGCAGGUUUGAGCACAGACGAGACUUCAACAACCAGAGUGUCGUGUCGAUGUCUUCUCCGAGGCAGAUGGUGGAGCAGAGCAUCAUGUCUUCUAUUCCAGUAGCUUCUAGAACAAACAAGAAUGGCGGCAACCACUACAACGUGUCCUUGUCUAGAAAUGCGUCUCGCCGAGCAGCUUCUUCGUCCACCAGAAUUGACUACUCUACCCUGAGCCGCAAUUCCACAGCUAAUGGAGGUUCCAGCGUUGCUCGAAAAAAGAUGCAAAACUACCGCGAGAAAGCAGCAUCCCAUACAGCUUCUUUGAUGUCGCCUCGUGGCUUUGCACCCAAACCGCGCGGCGUGUCUGCGGGAAUAAAGACGGGGAUGAACAUGAACAAUAAUACUAGUAGUUCUACUUCUACGAUGAAUACUAGUUUGGCCACUGCUUCCACUAUCGCACCGACAUCUCCGCAAACGAAUACGAGCAACUUGUUCGAUGACAGUAACGACAAUAUUUCUAGUGAUGAUUUGCUCUCGGCAGCUGGAAUCGGUUUUGCGUCUCCACGUGGCACCAAUAUUAGCCGUAGCUACAUAAGCAACGCUCCGCGAUAUGGCGGGACACCUUCUGCUUCGAGGAAAGGAGCAAACAAUAACUCCAUGAUCAAGUCCACAUCUGCAAACAUCAAAAACAAUAACUACUCUGGUGGUGCCAGUAGUACCCUUUCAUCCCCCUCAGCUGGCCGCUUCGUCCCUACCGCCUCUUCCCCUUUGUCUCCUUCCUUUUCCUACGUCUACAACGCGAAAGUGAGACGACAACACGAAAGUCUAAACGCGGUUUUGGACGUGAUGUUUCAGCAGAUCGACUUGGACAACUGCUUGGAGGCUGAGAAAGAAAAGUUGUGGCAAGACGGAAUCAAUGUAGAAGCCGUUUUCACUAUGUUGGACAGGUAUCAAAAAAGGCACAUUGCAGACACCGACAUGUGGCAGUUGAUGCAUGGAAGUGAAUUUCAAGGAAAAUGCAGCUAUGCUGGGGUACCACUUCUACUAGCUAUUGUUACUUGUACUAGUUUGAUGUUAUAAUAGUAGAUGAUAUUCCUCGUCCUCUACUUCAGCAUUCUGUAAAUUUUUUUCGAAAACGAAACUGACUUCAACCACAAAGAACUCUUUUACUCCAAUCUUCACUUCUGCAUGAUCCUUAACUUACCUUCAAGGGUAAGAACUUCUCCCACAAAUAACAUCAACAGAUCUGCGCUUUGUUCCGUGAAAUCAAGGGUAAGAACUUCUCUGGAACCCGUAGUCGCCCCACCAAAGAUGGGCAGCUUUCCUUGGCGGAACUGACGCAGUUUCUGUUUCCUAGACAGUCGGAGGAAUGGCAGAACGUUUAUGACGAUAUGAGCGACGCGGAAACGAAGAAUGUCCUAUUCGUGACACGUAGUACGAUAAGCUGUCCAGGAUGCGGGAUGAGGACGCAAAGAACAGUAGAAGUUAUGGUCUUGGAUCAAAUUUCUAUUUGAAUUCGAUGAGAAUGAGUCUUUUCUUUUUUCUAGCUUCCCUCUUUUACUUUUUAGAGUAGUUGUAGUACUACUUGCUGCUUUUACAUUCUUCUAACCAACAUGGCAGCAUUUUUAUUGAUCUCGUCUCUUCAUCAAGUUCUGAGUCUGGUUCAAGAAGAAUUCACAGUAUCGUCGACCCCCAACCCCAUCAUGAACAGCGUGAACAGCACCCUACCGGGCUCUUGCAUCACAUGAACUUCUACACCCAGCACAUCAACUUCUACAUCUUCUACACCCAGCACCUUGACCUUUUCUAAUCUGCGUUGUCCUCAAGUAACCUGUCCUUCUUGCCGAACUGUUUUUCGGUGCAACCUAGUGGGCGACGACCGCGAUCACGUGUUUAGGUUGACCGCUACUCAAAAACACCAAGUUCGUGCGUUCAUCCAGUUUGCAGUUGGUAUUGCCGAGGAACAAGAGGAGCUACGCAAAAAGCUUCUGAACUUAAGGCUCAGAAUAAUUCAUUUCAUCUACUACAACAAGCCUAGUAGUCGUGUUGAGGCUUACAUUAUUGUUAUCAUUAAGGACCUUUUUCCUGCUUGGAGUAAGGUGAUGCUUGGAGUAAGGUGUCUUGGAGCCUGUUUGACAAUUGCAUUCUACAGGAAGAGGUAUUUUUACAGUACUUUGCUUGCUAGUUCAUUUUCUUGAAAUUGUAUUCUUGGGAGAAGUCCACAUGCAGGCAAGAAAUGAAGCGUUUAUUUGCCGUCCUCUAAUGAAGUGUGGCAGUGGCACUGGCGAGAGUCUCUCCUCCUUGCUUUUAGACGCCUUUUUGCUGAUUUCUGGUGACAAGGGCUACAUGACCAUGCAAGAUAUGAAAAAAGCCGUUUUGUCGGAGAAAGCAGUUAGGGGAACCGACAUAGAAUUGCUGUGGCACAGGUAUGCUAGAACCACGAGACGUAUAGGAUACGUCGAGUUCGCACAUGAAUUGCGACCAUGGGGGAUGCAGGGGUAAAAAGUGUUUGGAGGAUUGGUGAUGAUGCUAGUUCUAUUCAUUCUUGCUAUUAAGAAAUAAGAGACUGAGACAUAAAAACUUGGGUAUGUUUUACAACUAGGAGGUUUCGAAAGAAUAAAAAGUGCACGCGUUUUUGGGAUUGGGUUAGGGUCAAUGGGGUUUGGGACGACAGGCCACAUACAGCAGGAACAACGACAUAGGCAUCAAACUCAAAAGCACUGUCACUGGUGCAGCAUAUUCAUAGUCUUCUCGUCAUAUCAUGAUCGCGAGUAGAAGUACUACAUGAUCGACAUAGUUAGUACGAGUACCAUAGCCACGAAGAUGACCUCCAUAGCCAUGAUAGACCAAACAUAGUCAUAGACAUAGAAACGCUCAUAGUGGAUAGAAGCACCUGAUGCGCAGUUUUCCUAAAUAGCCGAUCAUGCGCAAUGGACUACCUCCAUUCACCAUCAACAAAACAUAAGCGUAAUCAAAAGAAAGGUAAUGAACAAUAGAUAUAGAGAUGAAAACCAAAACCAUUGGAAAACAAAAAGUCAUAAAAUAUUGAAGAGAAACAUUGAAACAUCUAGUGAUUAUAAUAUGGAAUUCGUGAUAGUCAUAGUCGGGUUUGGGAGGGGAAAAAUUCGAAACCUAUGGAUGCUCUGUCGAGAAGUUUGAGCCUGAGCUCUUUUCAGGUUCCGGCGUUAUAGGCAUUUGGUUUGGGACAAUAUUUCUAUAAAAUUUGUUUGGUCGGACUCGGAGGUGUGACUAUCGAGAUAGAGAUCAAGAUCAACAUCUUACUUCAUCUUAUUUCCUAGCAUUUGCAAUUGUUAUUUCGAUUCGACAUCUUAUUUUUCUAAAGUCAAAGUCUAAAAUGUUAACCAGCGUAGUUGUUUUUAUAGUAAAAAUGUCAAUGUCUAAACACCUCUUAUUGCCACCAGAGAAAAAGGGAAACCCGAAACAUCAAGUAAUUGCAACAAGGGUAGCAAGUUCUUUGCUAGUAGAUUGGAAGCAAGUAGGUUAGGGAUACUUACUCGUAGAUUGGAAGAAACUCAGUCAGUAAUAUCAGUAAAAAUAUAAUGAUCGGGAAGAUGAACCUAGAAGUUGGUCUUCUUGUUGC